UCAAAACCAGAAAGACAAAGUUGAACCGAUAUCAGAAUGGAUGACAACAACAAGAAGGAAGAAGAAGAAGAAGAAGAAGGAGAAGGAUCAGGAUGCACCGAACCCGGAUCCGAUUGGGCAGAUUUGACCCGUGAGUGUCUCACCAACAUACUCUCCCGGCUAACCCUGGAGCAGCGAUGGCUUGGACCCAUGCUCGUCUGCAAGUCAUGGCUCCAAGCCUGUACGGACUCUUCUCUCCACUCCAGCUUCGACGUCGAGCCCCACUUCGACACCAACACCGACUCGCCUCGAUUGUGGACCCCAGAUUUCGAGAGAAAGAUCGAUUCCAUGCUUCGAUCCGUCGUCGUUUGGAGCGAUCACUCUCUCACUGCCAUUCGCACCCGUCACUGCUCCGAUCUCGCUCUCUCUUUCGCCGCUGAAAGGUGCCCAAACCUUGAGGUCCUGUCAAUCAAGAGCUGUCAGAAUGUUACUGAUGCAUCUAUGGCUAAGAUAGCUUUUCGGUGCACCAAGCUUAGGGAAGUAGAUAUUAGCUACUGCUACGAGAUAUCUCAUGAGUCGUUGGUGUUAAUUGGAAGGAAUUGCCCAAACCUUAAAGUUCUGAAGCGAAAUCUAAUGAAUUGGUUGGAUCCUUCCCAACAUUUUGGAGUUGUCCCUAAUGAGUAUCUAAGUGCUUGUCCACAAGAUGGGGACUCUGAAGCUGCUGCUAUUGGAAAAUAUAUGCCUUAUUUGGAGCACCUUGAAAUUCAGUUCUCCAAGUUGUCUGCUAGGGGCCUUACUUUGAUAUGUGAAGGCUGUGUGAACCUCAAGUACUUGGAUUUAUCUGGUUGUACAAACUUUACUGGUCGGGAUAUUGCCAAUGCAUCAUCGAAUCUGAAGGAUCUGGAGAUUAAGAAGCCAAAUUUCUAUAUUCCAAGGUCAGUCUUUCACGCAGAUAGGUAUGGCCAUUGGAGAUUGUAUGAUGAGAGGUUUCAAACAGAUGUUUUCCGGAUUUGAUCUGGCUAGCUGGAUAAUAAAAUCGUUGGUAUUUGAUCAUAUUUGGGAAAACAUCUUUUGUACUCUGGUCUAAGGAGCUCUUGACAAGGGUUCUGUAGCCAAGUUGCCUUAUAUGUUUAAUAAAUCCAUGUACGGUGCUACAUGUAGUUUGAUUUCGAUUAUGUUUGUUUUCUUCUGUGUGAUUUGUAAUGCUUUUUUUUUUUUUAAUCAAGAAUCAUCCUUUGAUGUACACUUGUAUGGUGAUUUGGAUUUACCAAAUGUAUACCUAUUAAAUUUCAGUAGGCUAUUUCUUCUA